GUGGAGUAUAUGCUAGUAAAAUUUGACCAUGAGAAUAAGAAAGUACGCUUACUGCUGUGUGGCGAAGAAGUUCUUCAGACGCUGCAAGACAAGGGGGAGAAGAUAAACCCCAACCACCCAACGCUCUGGCGACCAGAAUAUGGAAGCUAUAUGAUUGAAGGGACACCUGGGCAGCCAUAUGGAGGAACCAUGUCUGAAUUCAACACUGUACAAGACAACAUGAGGAAAAGGAGGCAAGAGGCUGCCUCUGUGCUGAAAGAAAAUGAGGCCGUUUGCACUGUGACAUCUUUUCCAAGGUUAGGGUGUCCUGGAUUUACGGUGCCAGAAUAUAAGCCAACGCCAGUAGAAGGAGGAGCUUCAAAGUCUCUCUUCUUUCCAGAUGAAGCCAUCAAUAAACAUCCUAGGUUUAGUACACUGACAAGAAAUAUCCGGCACCGAAGAGGAGAGAAGGUUGUCAUAAAUGUACCAAUAUUUAAAGAUAAGAACACGCCGUCACCAUUUAUCGAAACAUUUCCCAACGAUGAUGGAGAAGCAGCAAAAGCAGCUAAACCAGACUAUAUCUAUAUGGAUGCUAUGGGUUUUGGAAUGGGCAACUGCUGUCUUCAGGUGACAUUCCAGGCUUGCAGCAUUUCUGAAGCGAGGUAUCUCUAUGAUCAGCUAGCCACAAUCUGUCCCAUUGUGAUGGCAUUGAGUGCUGCAUCUCCGUUCUACAGAGGCUAUGUGUCUGAUAUUGAUUGUCGCUGGGGAGUAAUCUCUGCAUCUGUAGAUGAUCGAACACGAGAAGAGAGGGGGCUGGAGCCACUGAAGAACAACCAUUAUAGAAUCAGUAAAUCCAGAUAUGAUUCCAUAGACAGUUAUCUAUCUGAAUGUGGUGAGAAAUACAAUGACAUUGAUUUGACAAUAGACAAAGAUAUCUACGAGCACCUAAUAAAGGAAGGUAUUGACCACCUUUUGGCACAGCAUAUUGCACACUUGUUCAUUCGAGACCCACUGACUUUGUUUGAGGAGAAAAUACAUCUUGAUGAUGCAAAUGAAUCUGAUCAUUUUGAGAACAUACAGUCUACAAACUGGCAGACAAUGAGAUUUAAGCCACCUCCUCCAAAUUCGGAUAUAGGAUGGAGAGUGGAAUUCAGGCCUAUGGAGGUCCAGUUAACAGACUUCGAAAACUCUGCAUACGUUGUGUUUGUGGUACUGCUAACCAGAGUGAUUCUGUCAUACAAACUGGAUUUUCUCAUUCCUUUGUCCAAGGUGGAUGAAAAUAUGAAGGUGGCCCAGAAAAGAGAUGCUGUCCGGCAGGGAAUGUUUUACUUCAGAAAGGAUAUUUGCAAAGGUGGAAAUGUUGUUGUGGAUGGAUGUGGCUCUGCGCAGAAUGGGACAGGCACAGACACAGAAGAGUACAUCUUAAUGAGCAUCGAUACAAUUAUCAAUGGGAAGGAGGGAGUCUUUCCUGGUUUGAUCCCAAUUUUGAAUUCUUACCUUGAAAACAUGGAAGUGGACGUGGACACAAGAUGCACCAUCCUAAACUACCUGAAGUUAAUAAAAAAGAGAGCAUCUGGAGAGCUGAUGACAGUUGCCCGAUGGAUGAGGGAGUUCAUCGCACAGCAUCCAGACUACAAGCAAGACAGCGUGAUAACAGAUGAGAUGAAUUACAGCCUUAUCUGGAAGUGCAACCAGAUCGCACAAGGCCAGGCGGAGUGCCCUGAACUGUUGGGGGUAGGAUUUAACAAGAAACAAAGCGGAAACAAAACCGGCUCUUUGUAAUGAAUGUUUCUCAGAUAUUAGAAAGUUCAAGCCUUUUAGCAAAGCACUAGCUAAGAUACUGUGAAUCUGAUACAGCUUCAUGGUGUGAAGACCAAAACAGGGAUACUGCACUAUAAAAUGGGCCAAUCUGCCUAAAUAUUCAUUUAAGGCAUCCUAAAUAGGGCAUAUUCUUAUUGUUAAGGUUUAUACAAUGUACAUGUAAAUAGUAAAAUAUUUUUAUGAUUAACAUCAAUGUAUUUUAAUAAGCAUUGUAUCUAAAGUUAUUGUGAAUUAGCUUGUAACUUUUUUAUGCUUAUUCUAGAAAGAAAAAUUGUCCUGGACAGCUUUGUAAAUGUAAUGGUACUUGUAUAUUAUAUGCAUUCCAGUUACUGAAUGUUUACUGUAAUUUUUUUAAUCUGGAAUGUGCUGAGUAAUCUACCUUAUUGUGUAAGAAAAAAAAAAAAAACUUUUGGACCUACCUGCUUCACAGAGACUUCUUCCUUCCAUUCUGGUUUUGAAAAUAUGUAAGAACAGAUAAUUGCAUGUGCAUCAAAUUUCUCAAUCUCUACAACAGUUUCUCAGUUGCCACAAGACCUGCAUCCAGUCAUAGAGCGUAAAAUUGGGAGGAAGAGAUCAAUCUUUAUUCAGAUAACACAACUCUGCCUGUCUCCUGAUAACUGUAGUCUUAGGUAAGGGCUGCCCUGUGGUUUAGUAACCUGCAUUUCCCGCAGCAAAGGACUAACAUGAAGACAUCUCCCUGUAGCAGCAUCAUUUUUUCCCCUCGCAAGUAUGUUGUUAUGGUUCAGAAGCUUGCCUGAGUGUUUCUUUAUGAUUUAACAAAAAAACAGUAAGCGGGGAGAGGCAGUGAAAGAGAGGAAGAAUUGGGAAGCAAACAUAAAUAUCUCUACAAGGAUAGCACAGACAACUGCUCUGGACUGUGGCACUGCUCCCACAUUACUGUAGUUGACAGCAACUGCAGCAUAAAACCAAGGACCUUCUGGUUCUUCCUAAAGCUCAAGUUUCUCAUCUGUCUUUUUAUUAAAAUAUGUCAGCAAGUUUAUUUCUGACAAGGUACUUCAUGUAGCUAGCUGAGGUACCAUGGAGCUAUAGGUAUGGGCAACUUAAUCCCUUCUAUAAAGCAGAUAAAGGAAAUCAUGGAGUGUACUAAUCCUUUGAAUUGGGAGCCAGUGCUGGGAGUGACUGUAGCAUAUUUAAAAUUUAGCCAUUGCAAGUGUAAAUAAAGCAAAUUAAUGGGCCCUUUUUAAUUUAGCUUCUUAACUGACUCCUAAAAGUGGAUUGCAAAGCUUAACGCAAGCAUAUAUAAUUACCUAAGGUGUAAUAAUUUUUACAAACAACUAAUGGAGGAACUGCAAUGAAGAGGUGCACUAAGAAGAAGCUUUUAUGUACUGACAUUAGAAUUUGUUCUGUGUUCACAGGUGUGCUUUAGAGAAUAAAAUGCUUUUUUUCUGCAGUGGUGAAUGUUUUAAUCAAGAUGUAGGCAUAUGCUAAUUUAGUUUCUGUAAUAAGGAAAUAAAAAUAAAAUUUGCAGUACGUGUUGGUCA